CUCCCAGAUAUGAACAGUAUGCUAUGGAUAUCAGCCAUUAAUUUUCCAGAAGUAUCAUUCAGUUUUUUUUAUUGAUAAAAGCAUGAUGUUACUCUCUAGUGCUGAGAGAAAAAAAGAUAGUGACAAUGCACUUGAAAGGGUUUGGUCAUCAUUGACCAGAGGGCUGAGGGAGAGAGAGAGAGGCCGAGGUGGGCUCCCACAGGCUUCUGCCCUGGGAUAUGGAUGUUUAUGCCACCACUGAGGAUUUCUAAGAGAGAGAAGCUGGUGUGAGGGAGGGAAGACCAUAAAGUCACCUUCAGGAUGUAUUUGAUUGUUCCUGGAACAGUUUCUGGCCUGAGGAAGCACUCAAAACAUACUGUUAGAUGUCCCAGUGAGGGGGUCUGUGGAGGAAUUGAAAAAUUAGGACCUGAUUGAUAUAACCUGAGAUCAAGAGAGGACAUUUAAAACGUAGGCAAACGAAGACACAGAAAGUUUAGGAAACCUGUUCAAUGUUUUCUAGUGAGUCAGUAUUAACUGUCCGAAUGAAAUCUAGCUCAAUCCCUUUUUCAUUCAUUGCUCUGGUCAUACAAUAAUGAUGCUUAUAUUAAUUGUUUCAUUUCUCCACAUAGAGAGAGAAAUGUCCUCGGACAACAGCAACACAAUAACAAUAAGUGACCAAAUCAUGUUUUGGUAGAUCUUAGCAUCUUCAACCCCAACCCAAACAAGCACAGGAUAUUGUGAAGGACCAAAACACAUUAGAUGGAAAUAAACCUGCCCGAAUCUCACCAGUAAAGACUCCAGAGGUCAAGAGUUAUCCUUCCUGGUCGAGGUACCGUGGUAAUCUCCUUAGCUUGGAAGUCCACAGGCAUGGCCCACAGCUGUGGUCUUGAAGGUAAACAGACAGAGUGUCAUGGGUAGCCAACUCUGGUAAGUUGUAUUCCUAUUCCCAACUAUCCACUGUCUCCCCUGUGGGAUUAUUGUGCAUCCAGCCCUUAGACAUGUGGCUUUCUGUUUCUCUGAAUGGGCAGAGCCCAUGUCCUGUGUUUUGGAAUGUGAAUGGAUGUGGUGUCUGAGUUGAAGCUUUAAAUGUGCCUGAUCGGAUGGUUCCUACCCCCUGCCAUGAAAACUAUACAAACCAAAUAAGUUCCAUGAUGGUUAAAAUCUUUCCUAAACUUUCAUGUAAGUAUUAAUUCAUAUCAUUUUCAAAAAGUAUCUGUAUGUGCAUAGAUAUAUGUGUGUCUCUCAAUGUCCUCACGUGUAGAGGUGGGACUUCAGUUGGGUCUGAGUCUCCAUCACACCUCUUCAUGUGUCCUGUAUCUCAUAUCUCAGCACAGGGAGGUGGGCGGCAUGGAUGGUAUGAAAGUCUUGGAACCAGAAGGACCAGCAAGUUCUCAGUUGGACAAGCCACGUCACUUCCCAGAGCCUUCGUCUUCUCUACUUUAAAUGGGAACACCCCCAGUGUGCCUGAGCGAGGCCUGCGUCUCAGUGACCAGCUCCAUCUUGAACUCCAUGGACCCCACGGUGGACCCCUGCCAGGACUUCUUCAUCUAUUUCUGUGGGGGCUGGAUCAAGGCCAACACCGUGCCUGAUGGCCACUCACACUGGGGGACCUUCAGCAACCUCUGGGAACACAGUCAAGCCAUCAUCAAGUACCUGCUGGAAAAUUCCACAGCCAGCUCGAGUGAGGCAGAAAGGAAGGCCCAAGUAUACUACCGCGCAUGUAUGAAUGAAACCAGGAUCGAGGAGCUCAGGGCCAAGCCCCUGAUGGAGCUGAUUGAGAAGCUUGGAGGCUGGAAUAUCACAAGUCCCUGGGCCAAGGACAACUUCCAGGACACCCUGCAGGUGGUCACUGCCCACUACCGAACCUCACCCUUCUUCUCCGUCUAUGUCAGUGCAGACUCUAAGAACUCCAAUAGCAAUGUGAUCCAGGUGGACCAGUCUGGCCUGGGCUUGCCCUCCAGAGAUUACUACCUGAACAAGACUGAAAACGAGAAGGUGCUGCUGGGAUACCUGAACUACAUGGUCCAGCUGGGGAAGCUGUUGGGCCGGGGAGAUGAGGACGCCAUAUGGCCCCAGAUGCAGCAGAUCCUGGACUUUCAGACAGCGCUGGCCAAUAUCACCAUCCUCCAGGAGAAGCGUCUGGACAAGGAGCUCAUUUACCACAAAGUGACGGCCGCCGAGCUGCAGACCUUGGCACCGGCCAUCAACUGGCUGCCCUUCCUCAAUGCCAUCUUCCACCCCGUGGAGAUCAACGCGUCGGAGCCCAUCGUGGUCUAUGACAAGGACUACCUGGAGCAGGUCUCCGCCCUCAUCAACUCCAUGGACAGAUGACCUGCCUUCCUCGCUGGAAGUUUUGCAUGAGUGACACGGAAAACAACCUGGGCUUUGCCCUGGACCCCAUGUUUGUCAAAGUGACCUUCGCCGAGGACAGCAAGAACAUAGUAAGUACCUCCCCUGUGGACAGAGUGGGCAUCGCA